AUGACCCGAAGUCAAGGAGGGUGCGCGCGCACGCAGCGGUGCCCCGCCUUUAUUUAUUACGCUACGCGCGGCGCGCUCGGCGCCGGCAACGCGCGGCGGGGCGGAGGCCGCAUUCCGGGCGGCCGGAGCUGCGGCUCACCGCGGGAGUCGGUGUCGGCAGCGGGACGGCGAGCACGUGCACCAACCUCGUGCACCACCACUCUAAUGUCCGUCGCCUCACAGUCACCAAAGUCACUGUACAAGCUGGAAAAAGUUCGGGUGACGUCGUGGUGCAUGAUCGCGUUCACGCCGGCACUGAGCGCGCGGCGCGGCCGUUCAAAAUGCGCAAGCAGACGGGGCGCUAGAGCGGGCGCGGGGCCGCGGGAGCUACCCCCCCACCGACCCAACGGCCGCUCUGUGCUGCCCUCUAGGCCGGGCUCAUCGACCGCGCGCGCCCUCGGCACAGCACAACGCUGUCAUGGCAUUAUCACCGUACCGCAAUGGGACGCCCUCACCUGGUCAUAC